AGAAUACUAAGGGAGAAAUUAAGUAGAAACAAACAAACAAACAUGAAACAACAAUCACAAAAACAACAACAUUCCAACAUUUCUACAACUCAGGAUAAUGUUAUUUCGUCUAAUGUCAAUAAAUAUACUUAUUCUUCAACUAACAAUAAAGGACAAGAGAAGAAAAUUAUUGCGUGUCGACAUAAAUCAAAUAUGAAUCAACUAAGAACAAAUGAAAAAUCAGAUCACAAAUUAGUAACCAAUCAAAAAAUCACUGGAAUAGAGAAUACUAUUCAUAUCCCAUCUGAUUCAUAUCAAUGUCAACAAUCAUCUUCAUCUCCUUUAUCUAUUCAAAAUAGUAAUUCAAAUCGUUAUGAUUUAAUGAAUAGAAAACAACAAAUGAAACAUAAGGAUUUGUUAUCACGUUCAUUAAAAUUAACAACAUCAUCUAAUGAACAUGAAUGUAAGUUAAAACAAUAUGGAUUAAAUAUGGAUAAUAGUCAUCGUGAAAUAAAUCAAGGAAGUUAUACAACAUCAUCAGGACCGACUACAACUAGUAAUAUAACAAUGACAACAAUUAAUACUAGUACCAACUUACCGACUAGUUCAGAAAUUCAUGAAUCUAAAUUUUAUAAUCAACCUGAAAAUAUUGAAAAUAUGAACGCUUUUGGACGUGUUAUUGUUGAAAUCAUCAAAGAAGAAAAGUCUAAUUUAGGGCUAACUGUUUCUGAUGGUUCUAAUCAGGGCGAAGCUCCAGUUAUUUUAAAUAUUCGUCCCGGAAGUAUUGCAGACAGAAAUGAUUGUUUCCUACCAUAUGAUCAUAUUUUAUCAAUGAAUUUUAUGAAUAUGUCAAGUGAAAACUAUAAUUCAAAUAAACAUUUGGGAUCAAAAAUUCAAAUGGAAAUUGGAUAUGAAUUACCGGCAUUACCUCCUAUCGGUUGUACUGUUAAACAUAUGGUUGUCAAUUUAAAAAUUAGUUCUGAUGGUGUUGGUUUAGUUGUUCGUGGUGGAUGGAAUAAAUCUCCGUUACUUAUACGACCAUUAACUGUUAUGCAUAUACGACAAAAUAGUGCUGCUGACUGUGAUGGACGAAUAAAACCCGGAGAUCGUAUACUAACAAUUAAUAGUAUACAUACAGGACAGUUAACUUGUGAAGAAGCAAUGAAACUAAUACAAUCUAUUAGAAAUUGUUUAACAUUGACUAUAGAGUACAAUGUAGCCAAUUUCGAAAAAGAUCGUCGUAUAUCUGGUGCAGUUGUAGUUGAAAUUGAAAAACCAGCCAAUGAAGAUUUAGGAAUUAGUUUAGCACCAUGUCAUGAAGUGAAAACUGGUCAAAAUGCAUUUUUCAUUGAUAAUAUCAGACAAGGAAGUAUAGCAGAUAGAUGUGGAGCACUAUUUGAAGGUGAUCGAGUUGAAUCAAUCGAUGAUAUAUGUGUAGAAAAUAUGAAACUUCAUGAAGCAAUGUACAGAUUAAAAAAUAAUGGUCUAAAUGUAAUACGAUUACAAAUUGUACCAAAUGCUAUAAUGAAUUCAGAUAAAUCAGUACAAAAUAAUUCAGAAUGUUUGAAAUCCAUGAGAUCUUUAAGAUCAUCAACUCCAUUGAGUAGUACACCAACGGCAGCUUGUCGAUGUGAAGAAGUUGAAGUGCAACUUGAGCCAUAUGAAUAUAUAGGAUAUGGAUUUACAUUGAUUGCUCCAAUAUCAAAUCAAUUCUCUUUAGAAUUGACCAGCUUUCCCUUAAUCGAUCAAGUGGAUCCACGUGGACCAGCAUUUAAAUCUGGUGUUAUUCAAGAAGGUGAUAGAGUAAUAUGUAUUAAUGGUCAAUCUACAUUGAAUAGAACUAUUGAUGAAUUAAUUCAAAGAUAUUUAGAACCAGCUGAUUUUGAAAAGAAAUACUUCCGUGUUCAAUCAUUAACACUUUUAAUACAAUAUACUGUAGCAGAUUCAGUGGUUCCUGCAACGGGUAUUUUUGAUGUCAAAUUAAUAAGAAGAUCGGUUAGCUUAGGUAUUAAUCUUCAAGCGUCAAUCAAUAAAACAGCUGGACAACCUUUAUUAAUUAGUAAAGUGAUUCCUGGUAGUGUUGCAAGUCGUAGUGGUUCCAUCAAUCCAGGUGAUAUACUUUUGGCUGUGAAUGGUAUUCAUCUUUCAUCAUGUAGUCUUUCUGAGGCGAUACAACUUUUACAAUCACCGGAUGAUGAUAUAAUAAUAUUGAGAAUACAAAAAAUGGAUACUUAUCCAUCAAAAACAGAACUAGAAGUAAAGCAUGGGUCUGAUAGUUCAACUGUGCAUGAUUAUCUCUAUGACAGACAACAACAGCAUCAACAACUCCAGCAUCAACAUCAUAGAAAACAGUUGUAUAGAAAAAGUUUCGAUGAAAAUUUAAUGAAUAAAUGUUUAAAACCAGAAACACAGUUUAGAACCCCUCAAAAUGAAGAUACUUACAGUAGAGAUAAUUCAAAUGAGGAUGCAAAGAAAUUGUCAGACAAUAAUACUUCAUCUGCAUCAUCAUUUUCUCAUAGUCAAUCAGCACGCAAAUCAUAUCAUCAUCAUCACCACCAUCAUCAACCACAACAACAUUCUGCAGUAGUACAACAGUGUCCAAUUGAAAAAUUAUUUCCCAGUGAUUUAGGAGAGACUGAGAAAUUAUAUAGAUAUCCUACUGGUACCAGUAACAGUCCAAUAGGACAAGAUCAUACACAUCGAUUUCACCAAUUUCAAAAUGUUAAGAGUCAAAGAACUAAUCAAGAUGAACUAAAUCAAAAUCAGUUCGAUAAUCAGCCCAAACAAUUCAUGAAUUCUAAAUCAGAUUAUUCAUUGGGAUCUGAUAUAAACGUUGUUCAAGUGAUAUUACGACGUAAAUCAUCUAAUUGUCCAUGGGGUAUUACUAUUUGUGGUACAGAUGAUGCACCAGAUAUACCAGUAUUAAUUGAUUCAUUAAAUCCUGGUGAUCCUGGAGCUGAAUGUGGUUUAAUACAUCCUGGUGAUAGAAUUUUAGCUAUAAAUGGUAUUACAUUACAUAAUGGUCAUACAUUAACACAAGCAAUGCGUAUGUUACAACAUUAUCCUGAUAAAGUUAUUUUACAUAUUGCACGUAAAUCUAAUUCAUUUACUACAACUUCUAUUACCAGUACCACUACUGUAACUACAUCGGUUAGUAUUGGUACAACAUAUAAUAAUAUAAUUAGUGGACAGAAACAAUCAAUAAAUCAUUUUCCUUUAUCUAGAAAAUGUACACUUGUAAAGGCUGUAGCUACAAGCAAUUUCAGUAGAUCUUUUGAUUCAAUAUCAAACAGUCCCAGUUCAAAUUCUGUAUCAAAUAAUAAUAUUGGUGAAGGACAACUUUUAACUGGACUUACGUCACAGAAUAAUGAUAAUAAUAAUAAGUAUAACAAUAAUACACGACUACAAAAUCAUAGUGAAGAUUCAAAAAUAUCUGUACAAAAGUCUAAAACCUUAUAUGAUUCCAACCAAUGUGCUCAGGUUACGGAUACAUCAUGGGCAAUUUCAAGCAGUUAUCCAGAUAGGAUUGUAGAUAGUGAAUCGAAUACACUGAAUCGUUCAGUUCCGAAAUCCUCCACAACUAUUUUGAGUUCAGGACCUGGAGCUAUCUACACUCAUCAAGAAAUAUCGCCUAAAAAUACACCUCGAGAGAAUUUAAAUUUAAAAGUACCAACAAAUAAAUCUCGUUCACAAACAAUGAAAUCUCGUCAUCGAUGUUCAUCAUCUUCUUCAAAACGUCGAAUACAUUUACCAUCUACUGAUGAGCAUCGCGUUGCUGAAGUAGAAAAAUCAAAGUAUUCACAAUUAUUUGUUCAACAGUACUCAGAUACUACAACAAGUGAACUAAAUGACGAUGAGAACAUUCAAGAACAACAAAAUAAUUCUAAUCAUUCAUUCACACACAAACAUCACCAACUACCAUAUAAUUAUUUAAAUCAUCCAUAUACACAAUCCAGUAAAGAUUAUCUACAAAUGGAUUUAAAUUUUAUUCAAUGUUCCGGUUGUCGUAAAGCAGUUGAAAAAGAAAUUAAAUAUUAUUUAUUAAAACAGCAAAAGUCUUUCGAAAAUACACGACGAGCUUCAUCAUCAAAUAGAAAGGAUGCAACAAGAUCUACUUCUGAAGCAUUUCUUGCAUCAAAUUAUUUGGAACCAGAAUUCGACGGCAUACAACUACAUCGACAAUAUCAACAAACUUUAUUAUCAGAUGAUAAAAAGCGACCAAUUUGGUAUUUAAGUAAAGAUGAACCAUCUACUUCUCAUUAUGAUCAACAAGAAAAUUCAAGAUACAUAAAAGAAAAUCUACAAAUGAAUAAUAAUAAAACCACUACAUCACAUUUACUUACUGAUCAUCAUUCAAAAUCAGAUAGUCGUUUAGAUUUAAUACGAUCUAUUGAUUUAAGUGAUGAUAGUUCUGAUGUUGAUAAAAGGAAUAGGUUAAGUGUAACUGAACCUAUAGUCAAAUCAAUGGAAUCAUCUCAAAUGUAUAAACCACAGAAAACUUACAAUUAUCAAUCAUCUAAUAUAAAUCCAAUUGAACAUAAAACUAUAUCACGAAUUAAAUCAAACACUUUAGGAUCACCUAUGAAUAUUAAAACAAUCAAUUCACAUUUAUAUGAUAAUAUUCAUAGAUCACAUAUUAAAAAAGUUAGAUCUAAAAAAUUAUCAACAACUAAACCUAUUAAAUCUGAACAACAAUUUACUGAAUUCAAUACAUGGUGUACAUGGAUUCGUUUAAAAAAGAUAUCAAAUACAGAUUCCUAUGGAAUAGGUGUAUCUGAAGGUUUAUCUACUAUGGGUAUAUUUGUUAGUGCAAUUCGUCCUAAUUCACCAGCUGAUUUAUCUGGUAAACUUUAUCUAUACGAUCGUAUUUUAAUGGUCAAUGAUACACCAGUAGAUAGUUUAACAUGUAGUGAAGUAGUAAAUCUUAUUAGUCGUUCAGAAAAACGGUUAGAUUUACUAGUACAACGUCGUAUUAUAAAGCAUACACAACGAAGUAAACAUUCACAUCAGAAUGAUUCAAAUGACCUGCCGAAUAAUUCUUUAUUAACUGGACUAGGAGGGGGGGUCCAAUUAGGUGUUACAUGCACACCUACAAUAGAUAAUGAACAUAUUAACAUUACAGCUCUUUAGAAAAAGAAAGAUAGUACAAUGUAUCAUUCCUCCUUCUGAUAUAUUUGAAGUUUUACUUAUUUAACAUGUAUGAAAUAAUCAUGAGUGAAAAAAAAAUUUAACCCGAUGUAAUUGUAUUUUAUUCUCAUCAUUGUAUAUGUAUAUAUGUCACGAACUACUUGUUUCUGUUUC